UCGGAAAUAAGCGAUUAGAUGUUUACGUAAACAACUGCGUAUUUAAUCGUUUACAAAGAUCAGUCAACCCGGAUAAUGUGUAUUUAAAGACGUUUAUAUAAAGGACUUCAAUUAUUCACACGGAGUGCAGGAGUGAUUUUUCGUAAAAAGUGUUCUUCUCUUUUAGUAUCAGGCAAGCUCUGGUUGGUCAAAUGUGGACGCUCGUUUUGGUUGCCUUGGUUGCGGGGACGGCCGCCGAUCAUCAGCUGCGCAUACACAACGGGUGUGGCUAUGAAAUCUGGGUCGGGCUUCUUGGAAGACCAUGGAGUCCUGAUAGAGGCGGAUUCAAGCUUUCUGCGCAUCAAAGACGUACUAGUAUUGUACCGAAUAAAUGGUCGGGUCGUGUCUGGGGCCGCACACACUGCCACGGAAACCGCUGUGAAACUGGUGACUGUGGACGCGGAGUACACUGUAAUGGCGCUGGUGGCGAACCACCGGCAACGCUGGCUGAAAUUACCUUUGAUGCGGGCGGUUCCCACAACCAGGAUUUCUAUGACAUUAGCUUAGUGGACGGCUACAACUUGCAAAUGUCCAUGUCCCCUGUUCGGGGGUCGUACCGGGGAAAUCCGACAUGGCGGUACUGUGCCAGGGCGGGCUGCAACACCGACCUCAACAAGUCAUGCCCUCAAGCAUUACGGAAGUAUGGUACCGGCGGAGUUGUUGGUUGCAAAAGCGCCUGCCUUGUCUUCAAUACAGAUCGAUAUUGCUGCAGGGGAGCCCACAAUACGCCGAAGACAUGCCCGCCAUUCGAAUAUUCGAGGAUCUUCAAGAAAGCUUGCCCACAGGCCUACAGCUACGCGUAUGAUGACGAAACGUCGACUUUCACCUGUAACGGCCAUCACACCGGCCAGACGAACUACGAUAUCACAUUUUGCGGCUGAUAUAUUCACUCAAAGACUACGAUAUCACAUUUUGCGGCUGAUAUAUUCACCCAAAGACUACGAUAUCACAUUUUGCGGCUGAUAUAAUGACCAAAAGACUACGAUAUACUAUUCUAAGUCUGAUAUAUUGUCCAAAAGACUACGAUAUAAUAUUAUAGGUCUGAUAUAUUGACCAAAAAGACUACGAUAUAAUAUUCUAGGUCUGAUAUAUUGACCAAAAAGACUAAGAUAUACUAUUCUAGGUCUGAUAUAUUGACCAAAAGACUACGAUUUUUAUAUUGACCAAAAAGACUACGAUAUACUAUUCUAGGUCUAAUAUAUUGACCCAAAGACUACGAUAUAAUAUUCUAGGUCUGAUAUAUUGACAAAAAGACUACGAUAUAAUAUUCUACGUCUGAUAUAACGACCCAAAGACUUGUGAAGUGUAAUAUUGCAUAAAUAAUUAAAAUGCGCAAGAGUUAAGUCAUUAAAAUAAACAGAUAAAUUUAAA